AGUCGACGGUCAAGGAUUACAGUGAUGCAGUAAAAUAUCAACACACCCAGUUUGUUCUUCUUGCCCAAUGGGCUGACAGCGGGGGCGGGCCAAGAUGUUGAGUGACAUUCCUCGGGACGCCCUUCUUCGCCCACUCACUCGGAAUGAGGUGGUGGGGAUGUUGGUGAGACUGACCAUUUUUGGAGCUGCAACAUAUUACAGCAUAAAAUGGGUGGUGGACGCUUUGGACCCAACACAAAAACAAAAAUCCCAAGCCAAGAAAAGGGCAGAGCAGUUGAUGAAGCAGAUAGGCGUAGAAGGAGUCAGUCUGACGGAGUAUGAGAUGAACAUCGCCACUCAUCUUGUUGAUCCUCGCAGCAUCAAAGUGACAUGGAGAGAUGUUGCUGGGCUAGAUGAGGUCAUCUCAGAGCUGCAAGACACUGUCAUUUUGCCUUUUCAGAAACGUCAUCUCUUCUGUGGUUCCAAACUCUUGCAACCUCCCAAAGGUGUACUAUUGUAUGGGCCACCGGGAUGUGGAAAGACUUUAAUUGCCAAAGCAACAGCGAAAGCAUCUGGAUGCCGCUUUAUUAAUCUACAGGCCUCCACUUUGACUGACAAGUGGUACGGCGAAUCGCAAAAGCUGACUGCUGCUGUAUUCUCAUUGGCGGUCAAGAUUCAGCCCUGCAUAAUUUUCAUUGAUGAAAUAGAUUCAUUCCUGAGGAAUCGUUCCAGUAUGGACCAUGAGGCCACCGCUAUGAUGAAGGCCCAGUUCAUGAGUCUGUGGGAUGGACUAGACACAGCACAAAACAGUCAGGUAAUGGUGAUGGGGGCUACUAACAGACCACAGGAUGUGGAUGCAGCAAUACUGCGCAGAAUGCCUACUGCCUUUCAUGUAGGCCUGCCUAAUGCAGCUCAAAGAGAAGAAAUCCUUAGACUAAUUCUGUCUGGUGAAAACUUAAGUAACGCGAUUAACCUGAAGGAAAUAGCGGGGCAAACCGAGGGCUACUCCGGCAGUGAUCUGAAAGAGCUGUGCAGGGACGCCGCCAUGUACCGCGUCAGAGACUAUGUCCGCAAACAGCAGAUGAAACAGAUCGCACAGCAGUUCCAGCUGGAUGAAGAGGAAGAGCAUUUGGACGGCACGCAGCUGAGGCCCGUGACUCAACUGGACCUGCUGUUUGGCCUAGAUAAGAUGAGAGAGUCCAAACAGGCCACAGUUACAGCUGACCCAACAAAUCUGAGAGAGGUGCCUCUGGACUGAAAACCUCUCGCUUUACACCUUCAUACACUCAUUUUCUCUCUCUCGCUUAUUUCUUUCUGCCUCAUUCUUUCUCUCCUUUUCAUAUUUCUGUUGCGUUUCAAACAUUACUACUUUGCACUAUAAUGAAUUUACAGUCACACACUCAAUACAACAACCAUGUUUAUGUGUUGUAACAAUAAUAAUAAUAGUAUACACGCAUACAUAAUAUUUCAGAUAUGAUUAUCUUUUGGGUGCAUAUUGUUUAGAAGCAGAUAUUGAACCACUUUUUGGAUUUGAGAGAGAAAUAAAAAAACAAUCUUUGCUAUGUCUAUAAAUGUUUUAGUAAUCAGGACCAGAUUUCCUGAAACACCAAGUGUAGUCUAACUGUCUUAUUAGGAUGCAUGAGUGUUAAAGUUAUACUGAAUGAUGCAUGUGUGAUCUUCGUUAACACCAAUUUAGCCAUGAUGAGAUGACUGUGUUAAUUUGAGCAAGGGGCAUGUCUGGGUCGUAUUUUAACCCAAAAUCAAAAGAAAAUAAAUUUGCAUAAGGAAAA